AUGGGAGAUGAGCCUCCAUCUCGACUAAAUCCCACUCCCAAUAUCAGCGACGACAGUUUGACCAAAGGGCAAUCUCCAGCCCAAACUGUACCUGUGACAAGUGUCCACCAAGGACAGACGGUCAACAUGGAGUUUGAAACUUAUCUUGGACCGCAAUUCGGUAUGAGCCAUUAUCCUGGAGCGGGAACCCUCGACAUGUCCAAUAUGGUAGCUGCAUUACCCGACUAUCGAAUACGACAAUUCCCGCAUCCGUCGUUUCCGCAGCAUUAUCAAUCCCCUCGACCUGCUACUCAAUCUAUGAUAUAUCAAUAUCACCAAGGCGCGCAAUGGGCUGGUCAGACCGCCAGUAAUUAUAACCAAUCCUUUGCUCAACAGUACCCACCACAAUAUAUGCCGGUUCCUCAGUCACGGCAACAGCAUACACCGUAUGCGCCGUUCACCGGAAAUCCUAGGACACCAACUAGCCAACCUCCUUUUCAAAGCCAAGGAUUUAUGUUACAGCGGCCAAUACUUCACCGGCCCAGCUCGGCCCCUUAUCAUCAGCAGCAACAACAAUCACAACAGCCUGUACAGUACGCACAACCUCACGGCAGUCCUGCGUACAUCGCCGAGUACAACGCCCGAGUUGCCCCAGCAUAUCCGCUUCCGCAGUUGCACCCGGACCGCAGCCUUGUACAUCAGCAGGCUCCCAACUUCUAUCAGCCGCCAAUACCUCAAGCCGUGAGGAAGACCAGUUCCAACUCGUCCCUACAGAUGUCCAUGCUGAGAGGUCCACCCAGAAAACCGAAACAAUCUGGUCAUGCCCUCUGGGUGGGCAAUCUACCUCCCGCCACCCAUAUAAUUGAUCUCAAGGAUCACUUUUCCAAAGAUGCGACGGACGAUAUUGAAAGCGUGUUCCUAAUCUCCAAGAGCAACUGCGCUUUCGUCAACUACAAAACCGAAGCGAGUUGUGCCGCUGCCAUGACUCGUUUCCAUGACUCUCGUUUUCAGGGUGUCAGAUUAGUGUGCAGAUUGCGCCGUGAAAACACUUUGACAACGACGCCGGGGCAAUCUGUUGGGCGACAGACUGUCGAAUACGCUGAAGGAGGUGAGAAACCCCAAGGGUCUCGCGGCGAGGCGGCGACCCCUACGGCGGCGGGAGAGGCUGAGGUAACAGCGGAACCCGAAGCCAUCGAGAAAGUCAAGGAGAAAUUCUUUGUGGUCAAGAGCUUGACGGUCGAGGACUUGGAACGAAGUGUUCAGAGUGGAAUCUGGGCAACUCAAGCUCACAAUGAGCACGCGCUUAACCACGCUUACCGGGCUGCUGAGAACGUGUACUUGAUAUUCUCCGCCAACAAGUCUGGCGAAUAUUAUGGUUACGCCAGGAUGGAAUCCGCCAUCGAAGAUGAAUCCACCGCCCACAUCGACUACCAGCCACGACCGGAAGCUCCCGAACCAAGUCCCUCUGAUCUGCCAUUGAUCAUUCCCACUCCUGCAACUGCGACCGCCCCCCCAGGUCGAAUCAUUGACGACUCGGUCAGAGGCACCAUAUUUUGGGAGGCCGAUGUUGAGAACAACGGAAAAGAUGAACAGAACACAGAAGACGAUGGAGGGAACGUCUCGGGUGAAGGAGACGGGUCUACAAGCCCUGCUGCCCCACAAACCUUUGGCAAACCAUUCAAGAUUAAGUGGAUAUCAACGGAACGUCUCCCUUUCUACCGGACUCGAGGACUGCGAAAUCCCUGGAACGCAAAUCGCGAGGUGAAGAUCGCUAGAGAUGGUACAGAAAUUGAACCGACUGUCGGUCACAGGUUGGUCAGUAUGUUUCACCGUCCUCAAGUUCCCUCAGCAAGCCCCAAUGCGGCCAGACAACCACGACCUCCUCAAGGACCCAUGGGUGAGUUCAUGUUUCCUCACGGUUCAGCACCUGGCGGUAUGUACGGAACGAAUUUAUUGAGAUGA